AUGGUGUAUCUCUAUGUUGAUGACAUAUUGCUGACAGGAAGUUGUUCAGAUGAGAUAAUGAAGUUUAAGAAGGUGUUGAUGAAUGAGUUUGAGAUGACUGAUAUGGGAAAUGUGGUAUAUUUUCUAGGGACAAUGAUUAUGUACUCUAAGAAGGGUAUCAUUUUGCAUCAGCUAAAGUAUGAACUUGUACUUCUGAAGAGAUUCAAAUUGACAAAUUACAAGACUGCAAUCACACCUGCUGAAUUGAAUCACAAGUUGGAUUCUGAUGUUGAGGGUGAUGAUGUAGAUGCUACAACUUUUAAGCAGUUGGUUGACUCAUUGAGAUAUCUCUGUAACACUAGGACUGACAUCUGUUAUGCAAUUGGAAUGUGUGGAGACAGAGUUGACAUAAGAAGUACUUCUGGAUAUUUCUUCAAGUAUAUGGGAGAUCCUAUCUCUUGGUGCUCCAAAAAGCAACCAAUGAUUUCCUUGUCAACCUGUGAAGCUGAGUAUAUUACAGGAUCUGAAGAUCAAAGUGAACAAGCAUGUGAAGUUGAUGAUUGA